CUCCAAUGACAAACGGAUAACCUAAACGGACUUUUCUCUUUCAAACCUCAAAACAGUCCCUUCUAAUUAAGGUUUUGCUAGCGCUUAGCACGAGAAGUAGGUUUAAACGAUUAGAAAAUACAUUCACAACCUAAACCAGCUUUUAUGAAAGGAAAAGCUUGUUUAAAACAGCUAUAAAUCUUCCGUCCCUGGAUGCUGGCGAAUGGAUUACUGAACUUCCGGGGUUUCCUGUCACUCAAACAGCCGUACGUCAUCAUGUGGGCGGGCUCCCGUUUCUUGUCAACAUCGGAAUUCAUACGGGAUGUGCAAUAUCUAAUUAACAUACAGAGCUUUAAUACAGAUUCUUAAAAUAGAAAGACGUUGUUUGUGUGGUGGACCUGUUUAUUUUAUCGUUUUUAUAAUGGACUAAAUGAAUGAACAACAUUGCGGACAUUACUUGGCUAACGUUAGUCAUCUUGAAUCACUAAUAGGCUACAGUACAGAUCUGGUUGCAUGCUCUUCUCCUCUUCUAAUCGACCGGGAAACAAGUUUUUUUUCUUUCGUGUCUUAUCACAUUCCAUUUCAAGAUCAUAAAUAGAUGACAGCAUGAGGAGCCGCAGUAAUUCAGGAGUGAGGUUGGAUGGAUUUGCCAGACUUGUCCAUGAAACAAUAUUAUGCCACCAGAAUCCAGUGACUGGUUUACUGCCAGCUAGCAAGCAGCAGAAGGAUGCCUGGGUUAGAGAUAACGUUUACAGCAUCUUGGCAGUGUGGGGGCUCGGCAUGGCUUACCGCAAGAAUGCAGACCGUGAUGAGGACAAAGCCAAAGCCUACGAGCUUGAACAGAGUGUGGUUAAACUAAUGCAGGGGCUGCUGCAAUGUAUGAUGAGACAGGUGGCAAAGGUAGAGAAGUUCAAACAAACACAGAGCACAAAGGACUGCCUGCAUGCCAAAUAUCAUACGCCUACCUGCGCCACAGUGGUUGGAGAUGAUCAGUGGGGGCACCUGCAAGUUGAUGCCACUUCGCUGUACCUGCUCACUCUGGCUCAGAUGACCGCCUCAGGUCUACGUAUCAUAUCUAAUUCAGACGAGGUGGCGUUUAUCCAGAACCUGGUGUUCUACAUCGAGGCAGCGUACAAAGUGGCUGAUUAUGGGAUGUGGGAGAGAGGAGACAAAACCAAUCAAGGAAUUCCCGAGCUGAACGGCAGCUCUGUCGGAAUGGCUAAGGCAGCUUUGGAGGCUAUUGAUGAACUCGACUUGUUUGGAGCUCAUGGAGGUCCAAAAUCAGUGAUUCAUGUUCUCCCAGAUGAAGUAGAACACUGUCAGUCUAUCUUGUGCUCUAUGCUUCCUCGAGCUUCCACCUCUAAAGAGAUAGAUGCCGGUCUGCUCUCUGUCAUCUCCUUUCCUGCGUUUGCAGUGGAGGAUGCAGAUCUGGUCAAUAUCACCAAGAGUGAAAUCAUCUCCAAGCUGCAAGGACGUUAUGGCUGUUGUCGAUUUAUCCGAGAUGGAUACAGGACCCCAAAAGAGGACCCCACUCGCCUUCAUUAUGAUCCAGCUGAGCUGAAGCUCUUUGAGAACAUUGAAUGUGAGUGGCCAGUGUUUUGGACUUACCUCAUACUCGAUGGCAUCUUCAAUGAAGACCAUGAGCAGGUUCAGGAAUACAGAGAAGCUCUUGAUGGGGUUUUAAUCAGGGGCAAACACGGGAUUCGUCUGGUGCCUGAACUCUACGCUGUACCCGCUGACAAAGUUGAAGAGGAGUACAGGAACCCACACUCUGUGGAGCGUGUGGCUGCUGGCCAGCUCCCACAUAUGUGGGGCCAGUCUCUGUAUAUCCUGGGCUGUCUGCUGGCAGAGGGAUUUCUGGCCCCUGGAGAGAUCGAUCCUCUGAAUAGGCGAUUUUCUAAAGAAUUCAAGCCAGAUGUUGUUGUGCAAGUCAGUGUAGUAGCUGAAUCAGUGCAGAUCCAGCAGCUGCUGAGGGAUCAAGGGAUUGAGGUUCAGACCGUCUCUGAUGUUUCGCCCAUCCGGGUCAUGCCAGCUCGCAUCCUGAGCCACAUUUAUGUGAAACUGGGAAACUGUAAAAAACUAAAUCUGAGUGGGCGACCAUACAGGCACAUCGGUGUCUUGGGAACUUCAAAGUUUUACGAGAUCAGAAAUGGUACUUACACAUUCACUCCGCAGUUCAUUGACCAGCAUCACUUCUACUUGGCUCUGGAUAACCAGAUGAUCGUGGAGAUGUUGCGUACAGAGCUUGCUUAUCUUUCAUCCUGCUGGCGGAUGACUGGAAGACCUACCCUCACAUUUCCUAUCACACAAAGCAUGCUGGUUGAGGAUGGUGACAGUAUUGACCCCUGUAUCCUCUCUACCCUCCGAAAGCUUCAAGAUGGCUACUUUGCAGGUGCAAGGGUGCAGCUGGCAAACCUCUCCUCGUUCCUCACUACCUCCUUCCACACCAGGCUUAGCUUUUUAGAUGCCGAUUCUGAAGAGAAUCUGCUAGAGGAAUAUGAAGAGGAACAGGAAGAGGAAGAGGAAGAGAGUUUCAGGCCCUCAGGUGUCACUACUGACUUGCAUACAGCUGUGUUGGGAAGCAUCUCUCCCCCCAGAAAUAAAUACAUACACUACCAGUCAAAAGUUUUGAACAGAGGCUCUGGAGACAUGUUUGACCAGUAUCUCACAGAUCUGUUGCACAGCACUGCUACAAAAUGCCAUCUGCCGCCCAUCCAGAGGGGGCAGCACCACGUUUUCAGUGCUGAACACACCACCAGAGACAUCCUUUCUUUCAUGGCCCAGGUUCAGGGCCACAACAUGCCCAAGCCUUCCAUGUAUUUGCCUGUUGCCCCCAUCAUGAGCAAACACAGAAAGUCUCUGAACCUGCUGGAUGUUCCUCAGCACACUGUUUCUCAUCACACCAAGGCUGAUAGCUUUGAUCUGCACUUGCCACGUGAUUCUCAUGGGAACACAGAUUUUGCCUCUCUGGUCAAUCAGCUAAAGCACUGUCCAACCCUUCAGGACCAGGCAGAUAUCCUCUAUGUCCUCUAUGCUAUGAAGGGUCCAGAUUGGAUAGUAAAUCUGUCAGGACAAGGUGAGGCGACUGUUCGCUCCCUGCUGGAGGAACUGUAUGUUCGGGCGGGAGCGUAUAAGGAAUGGGGCCUCAUCCGCUACAUCUCAGGCAUCCUGAAGAAGAGGGUGGAAGUCCUUGCUGAGGCCUGCACAGAUCUGAUCUCCCAUCAUAAACAGCUGACAGUGGGUCUUCCUCCUGAACCCAGAGAAAAGGUCAUCACAGUUCCUCUCCCUCCUGAGGAACUGAUCAGCUUGAUUUAUGAGGCCAGUGGACAAGACAUCAGCAUUGCUGUCCUCACACAGGAGAUCAUGGUGUAUCUGGCCAUGUACGUCCGCUCUCAGCCGUCUCUGUUCGGAGACAUGCUGCGUCUGCGCAUCGGUCUCAUCAUGCAAGUGAUGGCUACAGAACUUGCUCGCAGUCUACACUGCUCAGGUGAGGAGGCGUCAGAGAGCCUGAUGAGCCUCAGUCCUUUUGACAUGAAGAAUCUGUUACAUCACAUCCUGAGCGGGAAAGAGUUUGGUGUAGAGAGAAGCAUGCGUCCCAUUCAGUCUUCAGCCACCAGUCCUGCCAUCUCCAUUCAUGAGCUUGGACACACAGGGGCCACCAAGACAGAGCGAACGGGCAUCAGAAAACUCAAGACUGAAAUCAAACAGAUAUACACCAGCAGUCAUUCCAUCAGCAGUAAUUUCACAUCCCCUCGUUCCACGCGAUGCAGCAGCCCGUCCACUCCCAGCGGGAUCCUGUCUCCGACAGGUACUGGUGACUCACACCUGCAGUGGGAAGAGCGCCAGGGCCAAUGGCUGAGGAGACGCAGACUGGACGGGGCCAUAAACAGGGUGCCCAUGGGCUUUUACCAGAAGGUCUGGAAGAUUCUACAGAAAUGUCACGGCCUCUCUAUUGCUGGAUACGUCUUGCCGUCCUCCACCACCCGUGAGAUGACAGAAGGAGAGAUCAAGUUCGCAGUGCACGUGGAGUCUGUACUGAAUCAUGUCCCUCAGCCUGAGUACAGACAGCUGCUGGUGGAGGCCAUUAUGGUGUUGACUCUUGUAGCCGACAUGGAGAUUUCCAGUAUUGGGGGAAUUAUUCACAUCGACCGCAUUGUCCACAUGGCUAACGAUCUCUUUCAACAUGAUCAGAGAUCCAGUGGGGCCAUUGAGUAUUUCUUGGAGAAAGAUCCUGCCACAGGAAUCUGUAACUUCUUUUAUGACAGCGCUCCUAGCGGCAGCUAUGGUACUAUGACUUAUCUUUCCAAAGCUGUGGUCACAUAUGUUCAAGACUUCCUGCCAAGCAGCAGCUGUCUAAUGCAGUAACGACUGCAGUUCCCAGAAAACCUGUGACCUUCAGGAUGGAUCUAUGACUGGUUUUAUUAAAUAUAACAGUGGGAAAAAAAAUCAGUUGACCUUAGUUCAGUAGCAAAAGCCAAGCACCAACAGGGAAGCCACUAAAAACUACAGGAUAUGUUGUGAAGCUAACAGACUGCAGGAAGUGGACCACUAUGAUGUUCAGUGUUUGAAGUAUACAGUUCUAAUGUAAGAAAUGUGAAAUAACUAAUAAUUAGUUAUAAAUAAUCUAAUAUAUUAUUUCAGCAGAAACUCUACAUGUGAUUUUAAUUACUUGGCUAACUAAUUUAAAUAAUUUAUCAUUCGUGUUCAUAGAAAUGUUUUGUUUUGUUUUAUUUUAUUUAAAUUGGUGCUUAAAUUGUAUGUCUAUAGGGCAUUUAUAGGCUUAUCUGUGUUAUACCGUGUCUCUAGUUAAACAGCACUGUUAUGUUAUUGUAAGCUUUGAGGCUUAACUGUAUCCUAUACCUUAUUACAUUAUAAAAUUACUCAAAAUGUGUUAUUUAACAGGUGCUUCUUAUUCAAUGAAACAUACAAUACAAAAUACCUCUGAAAAUCAUGUAAAAAUGAACUUAUAGUCUGUUACUAGCAUGCAAACAAAGCUAAGUAUGUGCACUUCUAUAGAUUGUGAUGUUUUGCACAGGUAACCUGGCAAAUCAUGCAUUUUAAUCAUUUUUUAGGUUAAAGUCAGAAUUGGAAUUUUCAUUUCAUUUCAUAGGGGUCAGUUAUUAAUAUAAAAGAGAACUUAGCUUGACUAAAUACAUUUGUUUUAGUCAAGAAAAAUGUUUUAAUUUUGUUGUAGGUUGUAAGAGCAAAAUGGCAUUUUAAGUUUUCUUCUUCAUGGAUAUUUACAGUAAAGAUGUGUCAAGUGUGUGUGAGUUCUGGCUGUCUUUAUUAUUUCAUUUUGUCCUGUUGUUUCUCAUUAUGUUUAUGAAGUUUUGCUACUUUUGAAGGGAAGUACUGUAUUUUAGUCUACAUUAUGCAUUUGUAUGACCACAGACAAAUAAAAUCUAAUUAUUACAUCUA